AUGUCACUACACGACCCUAUAAUGAGAAAACGAGGAUUACCAACUACCAAUCAUAAUGAAACUACUGGUGGAGUAGUGAAUAAAAAAUUACGAUCUAAUGAUAAUAAGAUGAUCACCAUAAAAGGAGAAUUUAACAACACUAGUACUAAUGACGAUGAUGGCUUUUCAGAAAAGAUGUUUACAGCAUACGUCAAAUCUGCUUUGAUGUCUUUGGAAAAGAACGAUCCAUUACAAAUCAAUACUUUAACUGAUAAAAUCAAUUUACCAUAUGGAAAUCCAGAUGCCAUAUCUCUUCUGCAUUUUACUAUUGUCCUUAAAGGACUUAUAUCAAAUGUAUCUAGAUUAGAUAAUAAACCAUGUCAUAAUUUAAUAUUUGCUAUUCUUCGAUAUAAAUGGUUAGAUAUUAAAGAUUGUAUUGAAGAAUCAUCAUAUUCAACUUUUGUUGAUUUAUAUUCUCAUUUCUUGACGGUAUUGGUUUCAACUUUACCAAAGUAUUUACAAGAAGUUACCAAUAAAAUUAUUGGAGAAUUUGAUUCAUUUAAUCAUCAAGAUGAAUCUUUAAUAAUUAAUCAUCAUAAUAUUUUACAUAAAAUUAUUAGAUAUGUUCCAACUUGUAUUAAUUCUAUUCCACAAACUUUACAAAAGAAUUUUCCUCAUCAUAUAUCUUCUUCAACUAAAGAAUUAACUGAUUAUGUGAAUAAUUUAAUUAGAAUCAUUGGUUAUUGUCCUGAAUUACAAUUUGGUAUUUGGCAAUUAAUAAUAGAAUGUUGUAUAAAAUUAGAUGUUGAACUUCAAAAUGAAUUAGAUGAUUUAGACGAUGAUGAAAUUGAAGAAUUAAUCAAUGGAAAAGAUGAUGACGAAGAACUUUUGGUGAAUGAUGAUGAUGAUACUAGCAAACCACAGGAUAAAGAAGACGAUGCAAGUGACUCUGAAGAUGAAGAUGCGGGAGAAGAUGAGGAUGAAUUAAUGGAUGGCGAAGUUCAAUACAUGGUUGAUCCAUCAAAUACUACUGCCAGCAUUAAGGUAUUACUGUCAAAAUUAGACAAUAUUAUACAAGCAUUAUUACUCAAUACCGAAAACUCAUUCAGUGAAGAAGAAUUAAAUAAUGGUAAUGGAGUAAGUUUAUACAAUACCAUCACUUCCCUUUUCAAAAGUCAUAUUUUACCUACUCAUUUCACAAAGUCAAUUCAAUUUGUUUUAUUCCAUAUUUCACAAUAUCAUCCAGAAUUGACUGAUUCAUUCUUAGUAGUUCUCAUUGAUGUUGCAUUCAACCCUAAUGAAAUUUUAGAAAAGAGAUUAAAAGCAAUGCAAUAUUUAUCUUCAUACAUUGCUAGAGGUAAGAAUCUUUCCCGUCAUCAAGUUGUAUUCAUUGUGAGCUAUCUCAUUGGAUGGUUAGAUAAAUAUAUCAUUGAAAGAGAAUCAGAAAUUGCCGACAUUGAAUCUAAUAAGAAUGCCCUUAAUUCAGUCAACAAUAAACAAGUUGGAGGUAUGGAAAGAUUUAAAUUAUUUUAUGCAACUUUCCAAGCAUUGAUUUAUAUCUUUUGUUUCAGACAUACAUUACUUUAUAAAUCAAACAAUGAACAAUCUUUACACACAAAUAAAACCACAAGUGAUUCUGAAUGGGAAUGUGAUUUGGAUAAAUUCUUCCAACGUGUCAUAAUUGCAAAAUUUAAUCCGUUGAAAUAUUGUGAUGAAACUGUGGUUUAUAUCUUUGCAAAAUUAGCAACCAAAUUAAAUGUAUGUUAUUGUUAUUCGAUUAUUGAACACAAUAAAAGAGAAAGAAUGUUACAAACUAAUGGAUCUAUGGCUAUGCCUUCGGCUGUUGGUAAUUUUAAACAAAAACAAGAAUUUUUGGAUUUGGAAGCAUAUUUCCCAUUUGAUCCUUUGGUAUUACCAAUGAGUAAAAAAAUCAUUAGUAAAAAUUAUGUGGAAUGGGCUGAUGUUAAUCCAGGAGAAGAAGAUGAUGAUGAGGAUAGCGCAAGUGGAAGUCAUAUUGAAGAUGAUGACGAGGAUGAUGAUAGUGAAAGUGAUAGUGAUUCUGAAAGUGAUGAUGAUGAUGUGGAUGAAGAUGAAGAUUAG